UGAAAACUCGAGACAUAUAGAUGGGUAUGUAGGCUAGUGCUGGAGAUCCAUUGAUACAUUGGAUGGAUAUUGUAGCGGAACAAAUAAUUUGACAAUGCAAGCUUUCAUGUGUAAAUGAAACAAGUAUUGUAUCCAGCAACAUUUAGGGUAAACUCCUUGAUCAGUAGGCAUGGCAUCUGUUGACAGUAUGGAGAACACAGCUCAGGAAAACUCCCCAUUGAUUCGACCAAAUGUGGCCGUCCAGAAUGAAAAACAGCGGAAACGACACUUUGCCUGUCUGACCAUUCUCAUCACGGAGGUGCUGGAGCGCGUGGCCUUCCUGAGCAUGGCGGUCACACUCGGCAUAUUCCUCAACAAAGAGCCACUAGACUGGACAUCAUACAAUUCAAUCAUAGCAACAUUCAUCCUGAUCGGUACAGCUUAUACGUUUUCCUUCAUUGGCAGUAUGAUAGCUGAUAUGCUCCUAGGCAGAUACAGGACAAUAUGCUUGUUCUUUCUCAUCUAUAUUGCUGGUUACAUCUUCUUCCCUGUCUUGGAUGAACUACUUGAUGCCAGUGAAUCCAAUACUAACUAUAGUCUUCCGAAGAUGUGCACUCACCGAUCAAUCAUGGUGCCGAGGGAUCACCUCAUCCCAACAAACAUAUCUCUUUCUGAUCAAGCUUCCAAUUAUACUCCGAUCUCCAACAGCACGCUGAACCUUGUUGGUGGUGCAGAUGCAAGCAGGACCCGCUCUGCCCUAAAUGAGAACUGUGCCUGGCCCAUUUAUUUCUUUGUCUGUCUCAUGGCUGUCGGGGCGGGGGCUGUCAAAGCUAACAUCGCACCAUAUGGAGCUCAACAUUGGAAGGAUGAGGAGCAUCCCCAUAAAGAUGUCGUCCAAUCCUUUUUUGACUGGUUCUUCUGGUGUGCUAACAUUGGCUCCUUGGUUGCCUUGGGGAUCAUUGCGUUUGUUCAGCAGACGUUCAACUUCCAUGCUGGUUAUAUCGCAUCUACCAUCAGCUUGGGAGUGGCACUGUUUUUCUUUGGAACAGGUGGUGGAUGGUACAAAUCAAGGAUAGCAGAAGCAUCUCGCGUGACACGCUUGGCCCUGAAGAAUUGUCUGGGGGUUCUCAAGUUUGGUUUUUGCUUCAAGGCCUCAUGCUGCUGGAAGACAGAUCCUAACAGGAGUACUGUCAGUGUUUUAGCAGAUGUAUCAGGAGACUUCGGAAGUCUGAGCAGUCUUCGGAAGCCACGCAGUUGGUUUGACUAUGCGAGGAGAGAGCAGUGUGGUGGCCCAUACAGUGAUCAAGAGGUUGAUGAUAGCUUGGCCUUCCUCAAGCUUGUAGUGCUCUUCUCAACCUUUGUGCCUUACUGGACAAUCUACCAUCAAAUGCCUACUGCAUUCAUCUUUCAAGGUCUGCACAUGGAUUUGCAAACAGAAACUGUAGGCUUUCAUAUUCCCGUUGCAUGGUUAUAUCUAUUUGAACCACUGGUCAUGGUCUUCUUCAUCCCGCUACUGGACAUCUGGGUCUACUCCAAACUGAAACAGAGAGGGCGCUGUCCACACAUUCUCCGUAACCGAAUUGCCAUUGGGUUUGUGCUGUCCAUUUCAGCCGUGGUUGUUGCCGGCCUUGUGGAGUAUGAGCGUCGCGAUGGCAUGUGGUCCGGAGUAGCAACCAAUCAAACACCACAUGUGAAAAAUCAGAAUAUUAGUAAUACAUUCUAUGAGGCAGCCCAGAUGAAUGCAGCCUGGCAGAUUCCUCAGUACCUUCUACUUGGACUGGCUGAAGUCUUUGCCAGUGUAGCAGGUUUAGAGCUUGCAUACUCCCAGUCCUCCAUCCCCUUGAAGGGUGUCACCAUGUCCUUGUUCUGGCUCUUUUGUGGUGUUGGCAGCUUCUUUGGGGCAUUAUUCAGCUAUUUCUUUACUGGCAUUUGGUUCUUUACUUGGGAUGAGGGAAAUAUCAACUGUCGUCUGCUCUGCCCCGAUGAUGUCACAAAAAUAUGCAAUGUGUGUCAUUUGGAUUAUUAUUUCUUCUUCCUGGCUGGAUUUGGCUUCCUUGGACUCCCCUCACCAAAAGGCAGUGCACUGAAAAUGACUGCAUCACACUGCUUUUGACUGAAACCCCCACUGCAUAUGACUGUCUUAGGCAUAUCAUUUUUUCUUAAUGUUUUAAAACCACUGAUUUUGACUGAAAGACCACUGCAAAGCACUGCCACUUGCAUAUCAUUAUGAACGACGUAAUCAAAAACACUGCCUAUGACUGAAAGAACACUGAUUUCCACUUCUCCAACUCUGAUCGAAACCCGUGGCAUUUUCAACAUGACUGAAAACCACUGCUUUAUGACUGGUGAGAUUAAGACUUGAUGGCAGUGUAAAGCAGUGGUAAUUGCAGUCAAAUUCAGUGUUAAAUAUCACCCAUAAUGCAACCUGAGACAGGAAGCUAGUAUUAAGUUUGAAUUUGAUAGUCAAACAUUCAAGAAAUCAUGGUAGCUCUUCAUAUUUCUCGAUAUUUACCCGAAUUUCAAUAUGAGAAGAGGGGAGUUUUAGUCAGUUUGAAUUGGAACACAUAAGGAGCCAAAUGAAUGCAAAAAGGGUAAUCUGGACAGACACUGAAGUUGUAUUUUCAGCAAAUCAAGAAGGCUGUAGGCCCUAUAGGUGUUGUAAUGCAUGCAACACUGCAAGAUAUCUGCAUGUAUCUUCAUGCAUCUACUGUAGGCCCUAUAGGUGUUAAUUGUAAUGUAUGCAUACACUGCAAAUUAUCUGCAUGGGAGCUCAAUACACAUCAAUCAGUAGAUCAUUAUUCUA